CUGCAAGCACGUGCAUAAGGAAACGGACCAAUCACAUUCCUUAUGCAUCUGUCUAUGCGCUUAUGUAAAGUUGUGAAGGAUAGCCCGACAUACACAUGCAUACGCACAAACGUGCCAUGCACAACAGAAUAUACGAACACAAUUCUACGUAGAAUCGUAAUCGCGGUAGACUUUCGAGAAUUUCGAGGCACUCGAUAAACGCGGUAGUCGGCGACGCCGGUAGCAACUAAACAGCUGACUGUUCUAAAACCGCGCUUAAACAAGCAAACGAGGCCGCGAAACAACGGCGGGUCAAUGUGCGUGUACGAGACAUUCGUAUCCGUGGAUCCGCGGCGUGGAUUAACUUCAAAUUGGGCGGAGCUCAGUGUUCUCCUUUCAAAGUGAGAGCAAUAAAGGAGAAGAAUAUGUCUUCGGAAGCGACCACGGUGCUGCUGAAGAAGAGGGAGAGGACGCAGAAUUGGAUCCCCGAGGAGAAGAACGCCCUGUUCUCGCUGAUCAAGACCCACGUGGCCGCGAUCGAGAACAAGAAGAUCGACGCGGCCGCGUCCGCGAUGAAGUCCCUCGCCUGGCAACAGAUCUACUGUGCAUUUCGCGGUAGAUUCUCGGCGGACCGGGACAUCGUCAGGAUCAGGGAACAAUGGCGUAGGAUGAAGGCGCAGGCGAGACUAGAGAUGUACACGUACAGCGAGAAGGUACGUACCUUGGGACCGGAAGCGGCCGCCAAGUCCCGGCCGUCGAAUCUCUCGGUCGAGGUAUGGCGACUGAUGGAGAGCGUGCGGAGAAACGACGGCGAGAUCGACCGUUCGGAUGACAGCAGCCAGGACAAUGAGAACCCGACGAGCCGCGCGGCGAUACGUGCCAUCUUGGACCAGCUGACGUUGCCGCCCGCGUUGGAAACAUCAGGGCAAGAGAUCAAGAUCGAGGUUAGUAGCGACACCGAGGAUGAGAGCAGUCACGGUGAGCUGUCGCGGAAGUUGUCGGAUGACUUCCCGUCGCCGAAGCGUCGUCGCAGGAUCGCUGCGGACAGCGCGGAUUUUGUCGAGCGACAAAAAACCGCCUGCUCCGACAGCGUAUCGACGUCCCGCGUUGACGAUGCGGCGGAGUGCACCGCGACGCCGUCCGCUUCCGUCGGCUGGAACGGUCCGGCGUCUGAUCAGGCGGAUUCGCUGCAAAGGGCGAUGUGGCUCUUCAAAUCGACCCAACGCGAGCACGAGAUCAAGCUGCGGACGCUGCACGUCGAGCUGGAGCGCGCCGAGCUGCAGAAGCAGACCGCGCUCAACGAGCUGAAGACAUCCGAGAUCAAGAAGCAGCUGAUGGAGGAUCAGGCCGCCGAAUACUACAGUCAAGUGAGAAUGGUCGGAGAACGCGGCUCUGGCGCUGGCAAGGGAGGAGGCACCGGUGGUGCUAUUCGUGACGCUGGUGGUUCCUUCGGAAAGAUGGAAGCUGCUCAUGAAGAUCAAUACUUUUACAAUCUACAAAAGGAACAGUUUCAAAAGAUGCGGGAGGGCCUCCACGAUGAGAUCUCGUUCCAUGAGGAGCAGAUCAAGCGCCACCAGGAAGCUAUAAACCGCCACAAAAAACGGAUCACAGACAUGGAUCAGAAAAAAUGAACGAAGCAGCUGCGUUAGUGUGAUACUCCUGAUUUCAGUGAUUUCAAUGUAAAAAAAGUCGAGAAUAGUAGAGAUAACAGAGUAUCGCAGCAUCUUUUUUGUAUAAAUUAUAUUAUUAUAUAGAUAUUAUAAAUAUAAUAAUCUUGAUAUACAUUAUUUAAACAUUGACUCAUAUUUUCUUGAGUAUUACAUGGGCUGGCUAUCUUAAAGAAACUAUCUUUGUAUUUGUUGCAUGUUUUUGAAAAGCAGAAUUAUACUUAAGAAUAAAAGUCUUUUUAUUGUUAA